AAGAAAAACACACUCGACUUGGUCGCCUAGCAGUCAGAGACCAAAGGUGGUCGUCAGAAAUCGUUUUCAGUCGGGAAAAGAAAAAGAAAAUCUUCGUUUUUCGGUCUCCUGUCGUGCGUGCCGACGUUCAGGAAGAUGUCGACUCGUUAUUAAUUCGACCUCAGUCCAGGGUUAACCAAAAAAGACCAUCUGUUCUGUCCUUGACGGGGGGGAAGCAACACAACCACCAUCGUAUUUUCAUUUUCUACCAAGGCUGUGACGAUGACUGAGUACAAAUUAGUGGUGGUUGGUGCUGGUGGUGUGGGCAAAAGCGCACUCACCAUUCAGCUGAUCCAGAACCACUUCGUUGAUGAGUAUGAUCCUACUAUUGAGGACUCGUAUAGGAAGCAGGUGGUGAUUGAUGGGGAGACAUGUUUGUUGGACAUCCUGGACACAGCUGGUCAGGAGGAGUACAGUGCCAUGAGGGACCAAUAUAUGAGGACAGGAGAAGGCUUCCUCUGUGUCUUUGCCAUCAACAACACAAAGUCUUUUGAAGAUAUCCAUCAGUACAGGGAACAGAUCAAAAGAGUGAAAGAUUCUGAUGACGUGCCCAUGGUGCUUGUGGGUAAUAAAUGUGACCUCCCAGCGCGUACAGUGGACACAAGGCAAGCCCAGGAACUGGCUCGAAGUUAUGGAAUCCCCUACAUUGAAACCUCUGCCAAGACAAGACAGGGAGUGGAGGAUGCUUUUUACACACUGGUCCGUGAAAUCAGGCAGCACAAAUUGAGAAAGCUGAAUCCGCCAGAUGACAACGGCCAAGACUGCAUGAAUUGCCGCUGUGUGGUGUCAUGACUAGGUAACUUGUGUCAGAUGGAACAGACUUUUGGAGCUAUGUUGCUCCAACACUGCGAUGCCUCCACAGAUGUCAGAGGUUGGGACAGACUAUGUAAAAGGAAACCUUUAACGUCGGCACAAGUGGAUUCAGAUUCCACAUCUGUCUGCUGAGGGAACAUCUCUGACUCUGGCCUCUACUGGAGCUAAAAGAAGAUUUACCUCACACACUAGUCUAAACACUGGGCUCGCUCGGACUGUGUUAAGGACUGCCACACACAAAAAAAUAUGUUAUCUACACUAAUACACUAUCUACUCUCAACUGGAAAUAAUAGCUGACGAAAUAACCUCGCAUAUCACCUCAUCAGCUUUGGACUUUUGACCAACGCAAAAAAGGAGAGUAGAAUUUCUACAUUAUAUGGGUUUGCAAACAUGAUAAUGCUUAGACUAGAUGUGAAAAAAUGACUUGUAUGCCAUUUGUGGAGAGGAGCAUAACUCAAUGUAAUGUACAUAUUUACUGACUUCUCUUACAAAGGAGGCUCUUCAUUGAUAUACUGCAAUUCUCAUAAGCUCCAGUGCAAUAGUUCGUAAUGUAUCACAAGGUACAGUGAUAAGGGAAAACACCUCUGGUAUAUCAUUGAUUUGCACAUGGCGUAGGGCUGUGUUUCAGCUGGGCACAUUGCAUAUGUGUUCCUUUUUUUUCCUCUUUAUCCCUGGGCCUCAACAGACGUCAAAGGAAAAAAAGCUAGUACAGUUCUAACUACAAACGUUUGACAAGGUUUGUCUGCUUUGUGAUAAAGUGUGGUUUUCUGGAACGUGGAAAUGUGGUGCCUGUAGAUUACUUUAUUUGACAGCAGGCAGGCUCUACCUGAAUUGCACAUAUUGCAACCUUAAAAGCCUAAAGCACUUGUAGUUCUGCUCAUCACUGUGCUUUAUUUCUGCUCAGGGCCUAGGGUUGAAACAUUGCGGUUUGGUUCGGAGUCUCUUGUGUUAUUGUGAAUCGGUUGACUUCAGGUGGUCAUAUUUUUUUUUCUCAUCCCAUCUGUCGUCCCACCAAAUCUCCUCCCUUACUCUUUUUCCGAUUAUCCGGAAAUGAGGAUGAAGUGUUAAGGGUUCAAGCGAGCGCUGGUGGGGUAUUGAAAUGGUGCAUCUCUUAUUUUUGUCCUCCUAUAACUGAAAACGAGAACUGACUGCUUAGUGACACAGCAGUAACUGUUAACACGCUCAUUAGCAACGUUGCCUUGAAAUUGCAGUAAUGAGUAGCAGUUAAUGCUUCUUCAGUCCUGAAUGCUUUUCUUACUUUUAAGUGGUUUACCAGUGAUAAAUGUCAUAAAUUACCAUAAAAUAGUCCCCCGUCUCCUGUCAUGGAUUGCUGCAAUUGCCAGCUUCUGGUGCAGCAACACAGGCCUUCUAACAGCAAAAGUGCUGCACGACCACACUUGCUGAAACGUAGCAAUAUGUGCGUUUGCCGUCUCUAUUAGUGAGCUUGGCUAGUGCUGAGUUUGUCGUUAUUAGUGCUGGGUAUCGAAAUUGAAUACUUUUACGCCCCCCACCCAGUUACUCCAAUACAAUGAGUUCCGAACAACUCCUUCAGUACCAAAUUCCAGUACCUUAGUAGUCAUUCUUUACAUCAAUGAGCCAAUAAGCACGCUCACUGAUGAUUCCGUUCUGUAUGCAUAUUCAUAACAUCAGUGCUUCUUGGUUAGUCUGCAGUGCUUAAAUAUACCCACUUCCAUCGUCUCACACUUAUUUCUGGUUGAAGCCACACCCUCUUUCAGUGGGCCUAUAUCUUGCAUUUUUCUUGUAUUUUACUUCUUACCUUGAGGUCAUCACUUAUCUUAUCAUGACCAUUUUCCAAUCUCUUGUUUUUUCUUACAAUUAAACAUGCUGUUUGUUGUUACUGUGCCUUUAAGACUUCUAUAUGUAAAUGAGCUCUCUUUUGAUUGGCUGCCCUGUAUUGUGGGUAGUUCAAAAAGGAGCCCGGACUGAAACACUAUAUAACUUAAGUGUGAGUGGGUGGGGCUAAACUGCUGUAGGCUGAACAGGCAGGUUCGUGUAUGUAUGUUCAUUUUCAUUAUAUCACAAAAUUAAUUCAAAACAGGCUGUUUUUGUAGUUUUGUUUCUAUAUUUUAACAAAUAUGACAAACUAGAUCAGGCUCUCUUGUUUAAAAAAAAAGCGAGGCACAUUUGGUGUUCUAUGACAUGGGCCCUUUAAAUUAAAUUAUAAGGAAUCAGAAUUGAAAUCAAGGUAUUGGAUUAAAAAAAAAUAUUGUUUUUGGGAAAAAGAUUGAAUCGAAUACCCAGCCCUAGUAAUUACACUGUGCGGCACAUAGUUAAUAUGUCUAUCUGACAGGUCCCCUGAUGUGAGUACGAGUUAGGCUAUGAGUUUUUAGUCUUUAAAAAAAUGUUACUUUUGGUCUUUCCAUGAUUCACAGUGUCCUUAACUAUCUCAUUGUUGAAUGUAACUCCAUGGUCUUAAAUGAUUAAUGCUAUGAAUGACUUGUGAUGAUACUUUGAUGGGAUUUGCUAAAGGCACUUGUGGGGGCAUUUAGCUUGGAAAAUGAAUGCGCUUUCUUACAGAUUCUUCUGUACCAAGACAUGAAUCACCACAUUUAGUUGUGAUUUAAAAACUAUUACUCUCUAGUUAUGGGGCGAUUUAUAAUUAAAGUGAUGUUAAAACUGCAAUAGAACUAAUUUUUGAACUUUCUGAAUGCAUUGGUGAAAAAGAGCUCCUUUGGUUCUCACUGGAAAUUCACAGCUUUGUAACAAGAAGCUUGCUGUCUAAUAUCAGAGACCGGUUUCUGUAAGACGUUUGCUGCUAAAUGAACUUGUUUGUUUGGUUAUGCCUUUAUUGUGGAAUCUCACAGCCAGUUGGUUCCUAAGAAGCAACACUGAGUCUGCUAUUUCAGCAAAAAAGCCUCAGAGAUAUGAAUUUAGAGGUUUGACCGAUCUCACUUUGUGUCUGUGUGUGCGCAGGUUAAUGUUUAGUUCUUUAACUGAUGUGUCAAACUUACAUUGUGCAGUACUGAUGGUGUGUUGAGAAAGACUGAUAAAAGUGUUUAAUAAUC